AUGAAAAGUUCGCUUUGCCUCCUCGCCUUCUUCGCGGUGUUCCUCCUCGCGGGUGCUACCGACGUCGAUGACUCCGAUGUUGUCGUGCUCAACGCCCAAAACUUCGACGCCCAAACGGCCGAAGGCACCUGGAUGAUCGAGUUCUAUGCGCCGUGGUGCGGCCACUGCAAGACGCUCAAGCCCACGUGGGCCCAGUUGGCCACGGCGAGCAAGGGCAAGUUCAACGUCGCCAUGGUCGACGGCAGCGCAGAGCAGGGCCUGUCCAAGCGCUUCGGCAUCCGCGGUUUCCCCACCAUCAAGCUCAUUCGCGAUGGCAAGCUGUAUGACUACAACCUUCGCCGCACCGUCGAAGACUUCACCGCCUUCGCCGAGGGUGCCUACGCCAAGGUCGAGGCCAAGGAGCUCCCUGCCGCCGCCCCGGCCACUCCGGCCCCUACUGCCGCCGCCGAGGCCUCCGUGGAAGAGUCGGGCGACGCGGCUAAGAAGGCCGCGGUCAUUCUCACCACCGACAACUUCGACGAGCUGACCCAGUCUGGCGACUGGCUCGUGGAAUUCUAUGCCCCGUGGUGCGGCCACUGCAAGCGCCUGGCGCCCGUCUGGGACCAGCUCGCCAGCGAGGCCGACGAGUCCCUCCACGUCGGCAAGGUCGACUGCACCACCAACAACCCUGUGUGCAGCCGUUUCGCCGUGCGGGGCUACCCCACCAUCAAGCUGUUGCAGAACGGGCAGCCGAAGGACUACAGCGGAGCGCGCACAGUGGAGGCUUUCCUCACCUUCUAUCGCAACGCCAAGACCGCCACCACCACCCCCGAAAAGAAGGACGAGCUCUAA